AUGUCUUUGCUCGCGAGACCUGCGCCCUUUACCUCUUGCAUGCCCCCUGAUUGGAUGACCCCUACUUCCACUAUAACCAGUGCUCCGACCGCAACGUCCGCAGGCACGACUGCUGACUCACUUGUUCCACAGUCGGACGUUCCUCGCCUUGAACCGCCAUCUCGCGCUCUGGCUUCAGUUCGUGAAAGCCCUCCCGCACAUCCACACCACUCAGAGCUAUUGAGACACAUAGCUUCGAGAGAUCGACAUCCUGCUGAACAACGCCGGUCUUCCUCUGCACCUCCCUGCACAAACAAUGUGCUACAGGGCUCCAUUCCUGAUAUUCCUGGUCGUCAAAUGACAUUUGACGAGACUAUGAACUGGCUUUUUGGACAAACCGUGGACACGUGCAAUAGCCCAAUACUUCAGGAUGCAUCCAUGUCCACGCCUUCCGCACUCACGUCGUCACCCGCCACCAUGACGCCGAAUUGUGACGCGUGCUGGCCAUCGUGUUAUUUUUCUUCCGAAGAGUCUGCCGGUGAACACACUAAAACGUUGGAACAACUAGAGAAUUUCGCACUAGGUACGCCUUUGCUUGCCUUGGACUCGUCUACUUCUGCGAUGUUACCAGCUACUGAGAUGCCUAUUCCGCCCAUUUUACUACCGCCUGUCUCUCCCAAAACCCAGGUUCCAUUUAAUUUGCAAGGCGUGUCCAAUACAGCCUGUGGAGGGAUAGGCUCUCAACAGGCGCUCACUACUCACAUGGCUCUGGACUCGCCUGGUUCAGCGCUGAACAAAGUGAGUGACGGCCAAUGGCAGCUGCCCUUGCCACAAAACUGGCUCUCCGUGGAGCCAUACGAGUCUCAAAAUUGGGAAACAUCUCAUCCGUUUCAGGGCGGUUUUUUGUAA